GCCUCCUAGACCUGCUCCUAAGCCUGGACCUGCUCCUAAGCCGCCUGGAUCUGCAACCACCCGCAGGCCACCAGCCUCGGGAGCACCCACCAGGCCAGCAUGGGGCGCACCCGCCAGGCCAGCAUCUGCCGCAACCACCUGCCAGCCAACGACGCCAACCACUCGGCCACCGGGAUCUGGAACUGUCCGUCGCCCGCCUCCUCCUGCUUCCGGCCCGGAGUGCCCCGGCUCUGGAGCUCCCCGCCGCCCUCUUCGUGCUUAGGUAACACUUUUCCAUGAGUGAUACUUAUCACUCACUCCCUUACUCCCCUUUCCCCUACGCUUUCCCCCACGCUUUCAUUCGAUUUGAUUGGGAAUGAUAUACAGGAGAAUUGAAAAUAAAAUAAAAAUAAGAAAAGAUUAUCAAAAACAAAAGUGACCAGAGACUAUGUUGAUAUUGUUGGAACUGUGAAUGAUGAAUGAUGAAUGAUGCACCGUGAUGAAGACUAUUAUUAAGCCAUUCGCUCAGGGUUAGGAUGUGUCUAUCGGGUCUACUCGUCAGGGUUACAAAAACACCCUCAGUGCGGAGCAA